AUCGAAUUGACCUUUUAAAAUGGUUUCCUUUUUUGACAAACCUUUCUAAUCUAUUAUAGUAUCUAUUCUCUUUAGAAGUAUCACAAUUAUGUCAUCAGAUCACAUGACACUUGACUUUUACAAUGGUAUCUUAAUUAAUACUUGUACAUAGGUAUGGACCAGGCCCGGGCCCGAACAAGGAUUGGGCGGGACUGGGGAUUUGGGCUGAAGGCCGAUACCGACUCAGGUGUGAACCGGGCCGGGUCAAUUUUUUCUAAAAAAAAUAGUUUUUCUAAUUUAUUCCUACCCUUCCACCCAUCCGCCAAACCCCACCAAAACAUCCAACUCAACUCACCUAACAACGGCCCAAUGCCAAAAAACUAAAAAAAAUGACCCAAACCGAUCCCGGACUGACCGGGCUGAUCCACUAAAAUAAGGUCCUGAAGCCCGUCCCAUUUGUCCCUCGAAUCGGGCCCCAGUACCAGUCGUGAUACCGCCCGCCGGGCCGGGUCAGGCCUGUAUAGUGGCGGAUCGGGUCGAGUCUCGGGCCGAGCCGCCCUGUCCCGGUCCAUCCCCAUGACUAGUACGUAGUAUACAUCACUCUCUCUUGAUAGGUGAUUCUCUAAUAAUCAACAGCCAACGCAACAUUUUAUCUUUUGCAACAAAUGACACUUCAACCACUUCCUCUACUUUGCUCGCAUCUCUGCUUUGCUUCUUUUUGCAUCGUCCCCCUACCUAUACCCCCCUCCCCAGGAUUUACAGAUCUCGUCCCAUUUCUUCUUGUCUCUUUCUUUUUCCUUUCGUUCUUUCUUUUUGUUUUCGUUUUGUCUGCAACUCCAAUAUAAUAAUUGGAGUAUGAUAUAGUAAAUAUAGCUGACUUAAGAAAGCUUGGAUAUGGGUUCUGUUGGGCUUCCCAAACCUCUGCCACCAUAUGUGUAUGAUAGCAGCGGCAGCCAUGGCGGUUGUUCAGAAAUGAUCUGCACCAAAAAUUGUCUUCAAUGGUGCAUCAACCUCCUUCCUCCUCCACCGUCCGAUGAAGAUUCCGGCCCCAAUUUCUCCCCCCUCAUCAUAGUCAUCAUCACCAUUCUGGCAAGUGCUCUGUUCUUCGUCACCUUCUACACCGUCUGCACGAACUACACCAGAAGAAGACGGCGGCGGCGGCAGCGAGAUUUGGAAGCGAAUCUCGACCAGACCCCGCCGGUGGCCAUACCGGCGGAUGAUGCGGCGGAAAUCGUGAAGAAGAACAUCAAGGUUUUCAAGUACAAGAAAGCCUGCGGGGGCGUCGGCGGCGGCGAUGGAGGGGCCGUCCAAUUCCACGACACAGAGUGCUCUGUUUGCUUAGCGGAGUUUGUGGAAGACGAGAAUCUUAGGUUGCUGCCUAAGUGCAGCCAUGUCUUCCACCUCCUAUGUAUUGACACGUGGCUGAAAUCUCAACCCAGUUGCCCGAUUUGUCGCGCUAACGUUGUCCCGAUCGAUCCAUCUCCGUUGCCGGCGCCGACGCCGGCAACGGCACCGCUGGCCUCCACCUCUCGAGACAACUGAAGAUGAUAUGUACCAGUUUUGGAGCUCAUCAAGAGAUUAGCUUGUAGAUGAUAAACAAGAUCAGAUUUUUGAUACCAUAAAUUGGGGUUCACAUAUCUUCAAGAGGAUUGGCCUAAACUCUAUACAUUAAUGGUGGGUUUUGUAUAAUUUUUAUAUUUAAGAGAGAACAGUUUUAUAUUUAAUCAAUUAGCCAAGUUGAAAAUGGCCUGAUUGAAAAACUAUGGAUUUGAAGUUAUAGAUUUGUCAAAUUAUGAGCAAGUAGCACGAAAAUCGGCUGAUUUGAUUGAUUCUGCUGAAAUUUAUGAAGCCUUGGUUAAAGUGUUUGUA